GUUUUAUUUCUACAAAAUGCAAACGGCGACUCACGGAAUUUAAAAAAAAAACUGUUUUUUGAGUUCUCUUUCAGACAUCAGAACAUUCAUUGUCUUGUCCAAAACUCUGCCUUCUGGGUGUUUUCUUGAAGCGGAUCCUAUCUGCUGCUCUCUUCCAUCUCUGCUUUCAGAUUUUUUUUUUUCUCUUAUUGCUCCUAGCCUGGAUUCUCACCCAGAGCAUUGUCCUCUCUUCUUCUCGCUUUCUCUGUUUCUGCUUCCAAGAAACUUGUAAUUGUUUCAACCCUCAACUAUUUAACUGUUCAAUCAAUGGACUGGGGUCUUCUAUAGCAUAUAGAAAAGGACCAAGGAAAUGAAAGGGGAGUCAUCUGGGUUGAUCAUUGGAAUCUCAAUAGGGGUGGUGAUUGGAGUGCUUUUGGCUGUUUUGGCACUCUUCUGUUUUAAGUAUCACAGGAAGCGCUCACAGAUAGGUAACAGCAAUUCUAGGAGGGCGGUCACCAUGCCUAUCCGGGCAAAUGGUGCUGAUUCAUGUACUAUUUUGUCAGACUCAACUCUUGCCCCAGAAUCACCCGCUAAAUCUGGACGUAAUGGCAUGUCCUUGUGGCUUGAAGGAUUUAAGAAGAGUAAUGUGGUGGCAGUGUCUGGAAUCCCAGAGUAUUCUUACAAGGAUCUACAAAAAGCAACCUAUAAUUUUACAACACUAAUAGGACAAGGAGCAUUUGGUCCGGUUUAUAAAGCUCAAAUGUCAACUGGUGAGACUGUUGCAGUUAAAGUGCUUGCAGCAGAUUCCAAGCAAGGGGAGAAAGAGUUUCACACUGAGGUUAUGCUAUUGGGAAGGUUGCAUCAUAGAAACCUAGUGAAUUUGGUUGGAUAUUGUGCAGACAAGGGCCAACAUAUGCUUAUAUAUGUCUAUAUGAGUAAAGGCAGCUUGGCUUCUCAUUUGUACAGUGAAAACCAUGAACCAUUGAGCUGGGAUUUGAGGGUUUAUAUUGCUUUAGAUGUAGCAAGGGGUGUGGAGUAUCUUCAUGAUGGGGCAGUUCCUCCUGUGAUUCACCGGGAUAUUAAAUCUUCCAACAUUCUGUUGGAUAAUUCUAUGAGAGCCAGGGUAGCAGAUUUUGGGCUUUCAAGAGAAGAGAUGGUAGACAGACAUGCAGCUAAUAUAAGGGGGACUUUUGGAUAUCUUGAUCCCGAGUACAUAUCUACAAGGAACUUCACAAAGAAGAGUGAUGUCUACAGCUAUGGAGUGUUGCUCUUUGAACUUAUAGCUGGCAGAAAUCCUCAACAGGGUCUCAUGGAAUAUGUUGAACUCGCUGCAAUGAAUACUGAGGGGAAAGUUGGGUGGGAGGAAAUCGUGGAUUCGCGUCUAGAUGGGAAAUUUGAUGUGCAGGAGCUUAAUGAGGUUGCAGCUCUUGCAUAUAAAUGUAUCAACCGUGUACCGAAAAAACGGCCUUCAAUGAGGGACAUUGUGCAAGUACUCACACGGAUACUCAAAUUGAGGCACAAUAGAAGGCAUCAUCACAAAAAGUCCCUUUCUGCCACAGCAGAUGAAGUUUCCAUCGAUAUGGACCAACCAGAAAUCAAUACUCCAGUGUCCAUUUCUGCAUUGGCAGAUGAAGUUUCCAUUGAUAUGGAUCAACCAGAAGUCAAGACUCCGGUCUUCAAUUGCAAUCAGAGAGAGGAGUCUAUGGACAAUGCUGACGCUUGCGAAGUUUAGAUGACAGUUUGUUCAUUUUUUAAGGUAUUUGGGUUUUGGCUUGCAUUUGUUUUGUGAUAUAUACAUGAUGUCCAAAAGGAGGUAGGAGGCAAGAAUAUCCAUCCUAAUACUGAUUUCAGCCUGAGUGAGUUAGGACUGAAGGAUUCAGUUGUGUAAUUUAUUAUUAUUAUUAUUAUUAUUUUUUUGAGAGUUCUCUUUCCUUUUGUUUUAAUCUUCGCUUUGAUAAAAUGACAUUUAUGAUUUUGUAUAUUACUCUUUAAAAAAUGGAAAAUGGAAGAAAAAGUUGCCCUUUUUCUUGUCA